AUGGCUUCGACGCCAAAGAAAAGGAAACACGUUACCCUGACUGUUUUUCAAAAAUGCGAGAUCUUGGAUCAUAUCAAGGAAGGUGCUAUUUUCAUGGAGAAGGCGAAAUACUUUCAUGAAAGGCUUGGGCAAGGAGAGUUUUCUGCCAGUAAAGGUUGGUUGGAAAAAUUCAAAAAAAGACACGGAAUACGACAACUCAAAAUAACCGACGAGAAGUUGUCUAAGAACGAAGACGCCGUAAAACCAUUCCAGGAUAAAUUCAUGGACAUAAUCAAGGAGAAAGAUUUGUCCGCAGAGCAAAUCUAUAAUGCAGAUGAGCCUGGUUUGUAG